ACGCCUCCGUUCCCAUCGCCUUUUGCCAACCAACCCACACCACCACCACCGUACCCGAGCAGCUCGGCAAUGGCGGACCUUCCAGAGGUGGUGCUCUUGGACUUCUGGGUGAGCCCCUUCGGACAGCGCUGCCGGAUCGCGCUGGCCGAGAAGGGCGUCCCCUACAAGUACCGCGAGCAGGACCUCCUCCUCAGCAAGAGCGAGCUGCUCCUCCGCUCCAACCCCGUGCACAAGAAGAUCCCCGUCCUGCUCCACGCCGGCAGGCCCGUCUGCGAGUCCCUCGCCAUCGUCGAGUACAUCGACGAGGUCUGGCCACAGGCGGCGCCGCUCCUGCCCCGGGACGACCCCUACGGCCGCGCGCAGGCACGCUUCUGGGCCGAUUACAUCGACAAGAAGAUCUAUGGCUGCCAGAGUCGGCUAUGGAAGCUCAAGGGUGAGGCCCAAGAGCAGGCCAGAAAGGACCUGAUCGAGGCCCUCAAGACCCUAGAGUUCGAGCUCGAUGACAAGCCCUACUUCGGCGGCGAGAACUUCGGCUUCGUAGACAUUGCCCUAGUGCCCUUCACCUGCCGGUUCCUCGCCUAUGAGAAGCUCGGCAGCUUCAGCAUUGAGGAGCAUUGCCCCAAGAUCGUCGCAUGGGCCAAGCUCUGCAAGGAGCGUGAGAGCGUGGCCAAGGUGCUGCCUGACCCCGACAAGGUGUUCGAGUUCAUCCAGUUCAUCCGGAUCAGCAAGUUCGGGGCCAAGUAGGGUAGGUGAUAGGGCUAGGCAUGGCAUGACCGUUGUGUUUUUUGGUUGCGUUGUGUUGUCAAUGUUUCUGUCAAGAGUGUGGAUUUUGGUUUUAGCUUUUGGUUGCCUCUUGCUGAGCCAAUAAAAUUAUUGCUCUCAAAUUGUUGGUUC